AUGGAAUUGGAUCUAAUUCCUGUUAUUGAUGCGUCGAGGAUCUGGAGUAAGAACUCCGAGGAUCGCCAGGCUGUGGCUGACGAGAUCCGCGAUGCGUCCACAAAGAUUGGGUUCUUUUAUUUGAUCAACCACGGAAUCGAUCCAAAAUAUGCCGACGAGACCAUAGCGCAAGCCAAACGCUUUUUUUCGUUGCCGGAAGAGAAAAAGAUGGAGGUCUUCACUGGCCUGGUCCCAAAUGAAUACGUUGGGUACCAUCCGAUGGAAUGCUACAACCGAAACGGAUGGAAACGCCAGGACUUGAGCGAGGCCUUUAAUUGGGCAUAUGAUCCCAUCGAGGACCCAGAUGCAGUGGAUGAUGCAGACCCAUCCGUCAGUAUCUGGCCUUCUAACCUCCCAGGAUUUCGCAAAGGUCUCUACGCAUACCAUACACAGUUGCUGCGCCUAUCUCGUCAGUUGACUCGAAUAUUUGCACUGGCUCUGCACCUACCUGAAAACUACUUUGACCCGUACGUUCGAAAGCCUGAAGCUGGCAUGCGGAUUCUACGCUACCCGGAGCAGAAGUAUUCCAUUGACGAGCAAAAUGGCAUUGGGGCACACACUGACGUUGAGUGUUUCACCAUUGUUACACAGGAUUCUUCUGGGGGGCUUGAAGUACUUAGCAAGGCCGGCGUAUGGGUCAAGGCUAAGCCAAUCCCUGGGUCUCUUGUAGUCAACAUUGCCGACUGCUUCAUGAGGCAGACCAACGACUUGUUUGUCUCAACGAUUCAUCGAGUCAUCAACCUGAGCGGAAAUGAGAGGUACUCUGCUCCGUUCUUCUUCGGGUUUGAUAGAACAAAGCUCUUGGAGCCAGUGCGCACGUGUAUCAGUGAUGAUCACCCAAUGAAGUACCCAAUCAUGACGGGGGGGGAAUAUUACGCUUGGAGGACAAACAAGCAAAAGGGAACUAGCACAAGAAGUACAUAG